GACGUUGUCAUCCGAGUUCCGACUUGGAGAGAAAUAAUUGAACGCACCAUUAGCCAUCCCCCACACACACUUUUUGGCAUACCAAAUCUUACCUUUAUAAUGAAAAAAAUUAUUUGACAACAUAUAAGUUAAUCAGCAACCAUAGCUUUAAAAGGCAAUCGGAUUACAAUAGGUGUAUUAAAUAGCAAACAUUCCAGAAAAUAAAUGUAUUAAGGGGCGGUAGAUAAUGAAUAUUAGACUCCACAACCCUUGAGGGCACAGAAUUUUAGAAUAUUUUCGAUGCAGCAGGCCCAAGAGGGUAACAAAAGGUAUUGCAGAAAAAUCUUGAGCCAUGUUAAUAACUUACAUGACAGCUCUUAUUCUAACAGCCACGAUCGGUUUAAUACUAGCAGCGGCACAGCCAGGCAAGCCAACAAUUUACACAACACUCAGGGAUACCCGCAAAACACACGCAUAACCAGGGCUGCAAAUUCUCACUCAUCUGGCGUGACACACUUUCAUUCUCACACGCUCACGCAAGAAAUCUUACGGCAAACGUGUAUUACGAGACCAGUGAGGAUGAAUGGGACACACAACGCGACUUACCUGAACAGUACACCGUUGGCUGUCGCUUACUCCUUCGUGGUUUUGCUGGGACUGCCACUGAACGCACUGUCACUGUGGAUCCUCGUCUGCAGACACGGGUUCCGGGCGGCCAACACCAUCAUCAUGGCCAACCUGGCCGUCUCCGACCUUCUCAUGAUCCUCUUUCUGCCCCUACGCAUCGCCUUGCACAUCAAGCCCAGCAAACUCUUGAUGAGACCCUGUGAUGUGAUGGUCUUUCUCAUGAGAACCAACAUCCUGUCCAGCUCCUUCUUCAUCACCUUCAUCAGCGUGGACCGCAUGCUGGCUCUGGUCUACCCACUGCGCUCUCGGGUGGUGCGCUCUCCCAAGACAUCAUGGAUCGCUUGCGGUGCAGUGUGGUUGCUGGCGAUGGCGUGCUAUCUGCCUGAUCUGAAAGAGAGUAGGCGAUCCUCUACGUGCAUUAUCUUGAUUUCCCAGUGUGACUCCAGUGAUUGUAAACCUACCACCAAGGAUGAGUUGCCCUUCUUUGCAUUAACCCUAUCGGUUUGCCUGUAUCUGAUGUUCGUAGUCAACCUGGUUGCCACAGCUAGAGUUGUGUGGAGCCUAAACAAUCGUCAGGUAGACCUGGCUGGGUACAGUGUGAAAAGGCUGAUGUUGAUUUUCCUUGUCAAUCUGCUGAUAUUUGCCCUCUUUUUUUUGCCGCUCGCUAUCGUGCUGCCGCAGCAGCCUGAGCCUGAGCUACGGCAUGUAGAGGUAACAUUUUGUCUCUCAACCUUCAACUGUUGCCUGGACCCACUCGUUUACUAUUUCUCUUUAGAUGGUUUCUUGAAAAGAAAAAAAAACAUGGAUGAGUAAUUUAAUAUUUUGCAGUCCCUGAUUGGUUAGCACUGCAGCCUCAUGCCUCAGCAGGUGGUGGCUUUGAUUCCCAUUUCCCCAGCUCUGUGAUAGUGGAGUUUCUAUGUUCACCCCUUGCUGUACCGGUUUUCUCUGGCUAGUUCAGUCUUCUGGUACGUGCCAAGAAUACAGCAAUAGGCAAAUUGGCAUCUUUGAUUUGUUCUUAAUGAACACUUAUAAUGUAUAAGCGAGCAUGUCUGUGUGUUUGCAGUGUAAUGGCCUGGCAUUUCAUCCAAGCUAUACCCCUGUCUUGUGCCUUCUGACUCCUGUGUAGGCCUCAGCCCUCCCAGAUACCUAUGUUACUGCUCAUAUCCCUUCACUGGCUUCCUUACGAGAGUUUUUUUCAGUGACAAGUUCUGAUCCCGCGAUAUUUACCUUAUCUUAAUAAUGCAUGCAAUGUAGUGUUCGGCCUGCAGGGGGUAUUUUUUCUUAUCUAAUAAUGAAGAAAAAAAACAACUUAAAGCAUUGUAGGUAUAUAUUUGUCUCUUCUACUUCAUUAUUUGCUGGUCCUUUGACACUGACCUUUAAAAUGUCUUAUUGAAGUGGCAAAAAUAAAGUUUCAUUGAUGAGUAAUAACUUUGAAAAAGCAAAUUUUCAGUUACGCAUAUGCAUAAUUUCAAUGGUUGUCGGCUUCUGUUUUUAGAGCCAUUUGCCAAAUAUCACAAACCGACUAAAAAACAUGCUGUUGGUAGAAAUAGUGGUGUGAAAGGGUUUUAUGUCGAAGCUGCUUUAUUGGACCCAUGCAACACAAUGUGUAACUUAUUUUUGUCUCUUCAGUUUGGAGUAAUAAAU